ACUCCGAGCUUGGCCUGAACGCAGCACGGGAGAGGGGGGUCCAGUACUGAGUGAGGCGGCUCCGGAGCUUCAGAGCGGGGACUGAGUGAGUGAGUGAGCCGCUGCAGGAGCCGCCGCAGACGGAGGGAAAGGAACCAGUGUGUCGGAUACUUUUAACAUCAUCUCUGCUUCGCGCCACCCGGGACAUGAAAUCUGUAUUUUAACCGCGUUAGAGAGAAACUUCCCUCAGCCCAAGAUGACGGUGGAUUUUGAAGAAUGUAUUAAAGAUUCACCCCGAUUUAGGGCGAACAUUGAUGAAGUGGAGACGGAGGUGGUGGAGAUCGAGGCCAAACUAGAUAAGCUGGUGAAGCUAUGCAGCGGGAUGAUUGAAGCAGGGAAGGCGUACGUCAGCGCCAACAAGCUCUUUGUCAACGGCAUCCGGGAUCUGUCCCAGCAGUGCAAGAAGGACGAGAUGAUCUCGGAGUGCCUGGAAAAGUGUGGUGAAAGCCUCCAGGAAAUCAUCAACUACCACAUGAUCCUGUUCGAUCAAGCUCAGCGCUCUGUGAAGCAGCAGUUGCACAACUUUGUGAAAGAGGAUGUUCGGAAGUUCAAGGAGACGAAGAAAAACUUCGACCGGGUGCGUGAGGAUCUGGAGAUAGCGCAGGUGAAGAACGCUCAGGCGCCGAGGAACAAACCUCACGAGGUGGAGGAAGCCUCCGGCACCCUGAGCAUCACGAGAAAGUGCUUCAGACACCUCGCUCUGGACUACGUGCUACAGAUCAACGUCCUCCAGGCGAAGAAGAAAUUUGAGAUCCUAGACGCUAUGCUGUCGUUCAUGCACGCUCAGUACUCGCUGUUCCAGCAGGGCUACAACCUGCUGGAUGAUAUCGACCCGUACAUGAAGAAACUGGCUGCCGAGCUCGAUCAGCUGGUGAUCGAUUCAGCCAUGGAGAAGAGGGAGAUGGAGCAUAAACAUGCAACCAUUCAGCAGAGGACUCUCCUGCAGGACUUUUCAUAUGACGACUCAAAGGUGGAGUUCAACGUGGACGCUCCCAAUGGUGUGGUGAUGGAGGGAUACUUGUUCAAGAGGGCCAGCAACGCCUUUAAGACCUGGAACAGGCGGUGGUUCUCCAUACAGAACAGUCAGCUGGUCUAUCAGAAGAAGCUCAAGGAUUCGCUGACGGUCGUGGUCGAAGAUCUCCGACUGUGCUCCGUUAAACCGUGCGAGGACAUCGAGAGGAGGUUCUGCUUCGAGGUCGUCUCCCCGUCCAAGAGCUGCAUGCUUCAGGCUGAGUCCGAGAAGCUGAGGCAAGCGUGGAUUCAGGCAGUUCAAGCCAGCAUCGCCUCCGCCUACAGAGAGAGCCCGGACACCUACUAUAUCGAGCAUCUGGACCGAACGGCUUCUCCGUCCACCAGUAGUAUCGAUUCGGCCAGCGAGCCGCGGGAGCGCAUUGUCCGAGGGGAGACCAUCCUGCAGAGGAUCCAGUGUCUGCCGGGGAACGAGCAGUGCUGCGACUGCGGCCAGGCUGACCCUCGCUGGGCCUCCAUCAACCUGGGCAUCCUGCUGUGUAUCGAGUGCUCCGGCAUCCACAGGAGUCUCGGAGUUCACUGUUCGAAGGUUCGCUCGCUCACACUGGACUCGUGGGAACCAGAAUUAUUAAAGUUGAUGUGUGAGCUUGGAAACAGCGUCAUCAACCACAUCUAUGAAGGCUCAUACCAGGAACAAGGUCUAAAGAAACCGUUACCGUCCAGUUCAAGGCAGGAGAAAGAGGCUUGGAUCAAAGCGAAGUACGUAGAGAAGAAAUUCCUGAAGAAGCUCGGCUCCACGGAGAUACUCAUCAACGGAGAGAGGAAGUCGGAGCGGCGGUGGAGCGUGAAGAAGUGUCGGAGACACAACAGCGCCACCACGGUACCGAAAGCACGCCGGAGAUACCGACAAGAGCCCGGAAGCACCUCCCCCUCCACCCUCUCCGCAGCUGCUGCUAAGUUCAGACGAGACUCCCUGUUUUGUCCUGACGAGCUGGACUCUCUCUUCUCUUACUUUGACACCGGAUCUGGGCCUCGAAGUCCGGCAGGCCUGAGCAGUGACAGCGGGUUGGGAGGCAGCACAGACGGCAGCACAGACAUCCUGGUGUUCGGCUCCGUGGUGGACAGCGUGACAGAGGAGUGUGAGGUGUCCGAGGAUUCGAGCGGUGAAGCUGAGCUGGAGGCUGAGCCGGAGACGUCGGACCCGGAGGACAUCAGGGACCUUCAUCCCGGAGCGCUGCUCUACAAAGCCUCGAAAGCCCGAAACCUGCCCGUCAUGGCCGAAGCGCUCGCCCACGGGGCCGACGUCAACUUGGUGAACGAGGAGGACGAAGGAAAGACGCCUCUCAUACAGGCCGUGAUCGGGGGUUCAUUGAUCGCCUGCGAGUUCCUGCUCCAGAACGCCGCUGACGUCAACCAAAGAGACACGAGAGGGAGGGGCCCGCUGUAUCACGCCACAUAUCUGGGACACACGGGGCAGGUGUGUUUAUUCCUGAAAAGAGGAGCUACACAGAAUGACGGCGAUGAAGACGGUCAGGACCCUUUGAGCAUAGCUGUACAGCAAGCCAACGCUGAUAUCGUCACACUGUUGCGUCUGGCCCGGAUGAACGAGGAGAUGCGGGAGUCCGAGGGACCGUUUGGACAACCAGGAGACGCCACAUACCUUGACAUCUUCAGGGAGUUUUCCCACAUGGCGUCCCACAACCCGGAGAAGCUGAAACGAAGGAGUGUGCACUUCAGGCACUCCUUCAGGUAGUCCACCAGGCAGGAACACGGUCACAUACUUGAAAAGUGCAGCAGCCACUUUCCAUAUGAUGCUUCAGUUCAACAUUAUAACUCAUCCCGAGCUUCAGAUCUGAUAGAAAAAGGCUCAGACGUACAUUUUAUUCCUCGAUUUCUCACCUUAAAGUGGCUCGAAGUGAAGAAAUGCUGUCGUUCAUUCAGUGUUUAGAGUAGCUGCAUUAUAUCUGCAGGAGUCCUGUGCUGUUCUUAGAUCAACCUUUUAUUUUGAAAUGAGGAUCAGCUGGUCUUUUCCUCUCAUAAAUAUAGCAAUGCUUUUUGUACAGAGUUAGAUGAGACGUUUAAUAAAAUGCCAAGCACUUGUUUUUCUUUAUUUUCUUUGUAUGAAUUUGUUUCGCUGCGUCAGUUUCUUUAUCAUUGAAGGAUUUUUGAUCAAUACUCUACAUAAAAAAAACAUCUGUGUGUGUUUAAUGCAUGCCUGUACUCUCAUUAUAUUCAUACUUAAACUUGAAUUCAGCUAUGUGUCAUAUCAUUAGUUAUCAUCAACAAUCCAACAGCUUGAAGUCGACAUGUUGUGAGUUUAUUUUCUUAUGAAAUGUGUCUGUAUGUUUUUUGUUUUUCAUCGACUAUGCUGGUGUAGUCUCGUUGUUUUUAAAUGCAGUACCACUAUGAAAAUCAGUGCUUCUGUUACUGUGUACAUGCUGUAGAGGCAUAAAUGCUCUAAUAUAUCUGAAUGAACAGGAAUAUUUGAUGACAGGUGGAUGAGAAAUAAACAUUGUUUGUGUUUACACACAUGCA